AGAGGUGCGGUUGGGACAAACCCGGAGGGGAUCGGACCAGCCCUCCUGCACACCGGACCCUCAGCAGUGCCCUGCGGGAACGCCGAGGGCACCGGGCCGGACGCCCCGACCGCCCGCAGGAGGAGGCGCCGGGCGGGGACGGGGCGGCCCGGGCGCCGGGGCCGCUCCGGUUCCUCAUUUGCCGCCGGAGCCGAGCCGCCCGCAGGCUCCGCGCCGAGCAGCGGGCGAUGGACCACGAGCGCAACAAGGCGCUGCUGCUGGAGCUGCAGAGGGCGGCCGGCACCGGCAACGAUCGCUGCGCCGACUGCGGGGACCCCGAUCCAGAGUGGGCUUCUUACAAACUUGGAAUAUUCAUUUGUUUGAAUUGCUCUGGAAUUCAUCGCAAUCUUCCUGAAAUCAGCAGAGUAAAAUCCCUUCGACUUGACUUCUGGGAGAGCAGUUUAAUAGAGUUUAUGAGGAAUCAUGGGAAUCUCUGGGCCAAAGCUAAAUUUGAGGCCAAGGUCCCUCCAUACUAUUACAUCCCCAAGUCCCAUGACUGCAUGGUUUUAAGACAGCAGUGGAUUAGAGCUAAAUAUGAGCGUGGGGAAUUUCUUGACACCCAAGUCUGCCAAGAUCUCUGUUCUACAGGCAGCCGUGAGGGAUGCCUCUGGAAGCUUGGGAAGGGACGCAGACAGUUCCAGAAGAGGCAAUUUCUCCUGUCAGCAAGGGAAGGGGUGAUGAAGUACUACAGCAAAGAAUCCAAAAGUCCCAAAGCCGUUAUCAGCAUCGAGACUCUGAAUGCAAUGUUCCAGGUGGAGAAGAUAGGCCACAGUCAUGGGCUGCAGAUCACAUACAUCACAGAGGGUCAAACAAGGAACCUCUUUGUCUACCACGAGAGUGGAAAGGAGAUUGUUGACUGGUUCAAUGCUAUUCGGGCAGCACGUUACCAUUAUCUCAAAACAACCUUCCCAAAUGUCCCUGAGUCUGAGCUCAUACCCAGGAUCACAAGAAAUUUUGCCAAAGAAGGAUAUAUGGAGAAAACAGGACCAAAACAGAAGGAGGCCUUUAAGGUACGCUGGUUCUGCUUGGAUUCUCAAGAAAGGAUGCUGAUAUACUUUAAAAAUCCACUGGAUGAAUUUGCACAGGGCCAGGUCUUCAUCGGAAGGAGGGAUGAGGGAUAUGAAGUACGAGAUGAUUUGUCCCAGAGAGUCUGGGUGAAGAAGAAAAAACCAGUGAUCAUUCUGGUCACACCAGCGAGAGAGUUUGUGUUCAUCUGUGAGAAUGACAGGAAGCAGAGGGAGUGGAUGGACGCCUUGAACAGUGUCAUCACCCAGCUCUGAUGUGCACAGGGAGGAGCAGGCAGGCAGCUACAUUCCAUCCACCUGGCUGCAGCUUCUGGCCACACAGGGACAGGGUUGUUGUCAACACAGUGGGGUGAAUGUUUCUUACAGUGCUGCAUUUCUGGCUCAAUAAAAGAACAAGCCAAA